AGCAGGGUGUGUGGCGGCCAGACAUGGCGGCGGCCCUGCUGCAAAUGGCUUGUUUGUAUCGUGGUCUGUUAGCGGUCAGAGCCACCGGCAUUCGCCCGCUUAUUCCUGGACUUGUGCCGUGUCAUUUUCGGGCUUUUUCCUUUAAAAAGGAUCCGGAGUUGGAGGAAAAUCCAUAUUAUAGUAAAUAUGAAGAGAAGAUCAAACAGCUUCGGAGCACCAAACCUCAAGAAUACAAAGCCCGUCUUGAGAUGCGGCAUGAGGUAAAGAAGGAACCUGUUGGACAGUCAAGACAAGCAGAGUUCAUCAGAUGCCUGGACCAGGAGAUGGAUAAACAACAAAACCCAGGAGUUGGAGGUUUUACAGAGAACAAGACUUUAGGGUCGAUCCUCAACCUUCACAUGGUUCAAGACAAGUCUGGAGUGGAAAUUGGAGAGCUCUGGAUGCAGUAUUUCUCAACAAAAGACACAAUCAGUGCUGUCAUACCAGGCUCCACUUUUGAGAAAAUGGUCAGUCGGGCCAAGUCAUGCCCAAUGUUUCUGUAUGCUCUGCCUCAGAAAGAGGGUUACGAGUUCUUUCUGGGACAGUGGGCCGGUCAGGAGUUGCACUUCACCUCUCUCAUCAAUGUUCAGACUUUGGGCGAGAAUGCUCCCAGCCAGCUUGUUCUGUACCAUUAUUCAGAGCUGCAGAAGGACAAAGACAUUGUUCUCAUGACAGCGGAGAUGGAUGGCAAAUUCAUUACUGUUCACCAGGCUCAGUGCUUAGCCAAUCAGGUGCAGCUGUUCUAUGCCGCACAGAGACACGAGACCUUCCAAUUGGUGGAAACCUUCAACCACAGGCCGACAGAUUUCAAGCACAUGUCUGUGAUAGCGGAACUAGAACAGAGUGGAAUAGGAGGAGCUACCACAAAGUAACGCCCCGUCCCUUGGGCCACGGUGACCAGGAGGUGUGUUGCCUGAAGGAGUCCCAGGAGGACAUUGGCCUUGCUGUCUUCACUAGCAUUCAUCUGGGUUAAGCUAAGGCUCAGCUGUGUUGGCCCUGACUAACCUGUUGCUGUGUAUGCAGGUUCACAUAUUUGCACCAUUGAAUAUUCCCUCUCCUGUUGCUAUUGUGGUGGUUUGUAUUUAUUAAUUUAAUGUCAUCAUCAAAGUUUUUCAUGAAUUUACCAUUGAAUUAGUGUUCAUUUUAGGUCUUGCUCAAGGAGGAGAAUAUCAAGCAUUUCUUUGGGAAUAUGACAGGAAACCUAAGUAACUUGGCUUAUGCAGCAUACACCUCACAUGGUAUUGUGAUGAGUGUGGUGUGAGAUCUGGGCCAAAGAGAACAUUUUUGAAAAACUUGUUGGUAGCAUGUUAGCCUAGGUGAACUACAGCUGGCCUCUGGCAUGGUGUUGGAAGGUGCUCAUUUAACGUUGCCAUUUUUAAAGGAGGUUUCUGAGGGAAAUCUUUCUAACUGUUAAAGUACACCAUGUACAAAUCAGGAUGUUUGAAAUACCAGUAUUACAUUCUGGAGCAUCGUCGAACCCCAGUCCUGGAGCGCAGUGGCGCUGAUUUGAUCUUCACCGUACCUGACCUGGGUUAUAAAGGACUUGAUGAUAAUGGCCUGGUUGGUGCCAUAGGGUGUGUUUGGGUAGCAGAGGUUUAAGGUGUUCUGCCUUCGUGGAAGAGGAAAAGAAAUCAAUUACAUAGUGCGUGACCCUCAAGGACUGAAGCUUGACAUCCUCUCUGCCCUGCACAUACUCGUGCGUGGUCGCUUGAAUGUACGAACAUGUCAUACAUACUGUAGUAAUAAACAGCCUCCUGCAUUAA